AUGCGCACCUCGCAGACUCCCCCAACCUCGUCCAAUCCCUCCCCACGCUUCUCCGCCCUAUCCCCCGGGAGAGAGCGCAAGCAGCCAGCCUCGGCCUACACGCCAGACGAUCGCUCCCUGCCGCCGCGCGACGUGUCCGACGACACCAUCGACGCUGCCUACGCCGCCUUUAUCCUCUACUGCAACCCCAGCUUCCCCGCCACCACCACCGACACCACCGAGCUGGUCAAGUUGUUCAGGACGCCGCCGAAGAGCGAUGGAAACGCCUUUAGCACCUGGACCCUGUUUGAGCUCAUUCGCAAGUUCGACGCCAAGGAGAUCAAGACGUGGACCCAGCUGGCCCUCGACUUGGGCGUUAAACCGCCCAAUACGGACGAGGGGCAGAGCACGCAAAAGGUGCAGCAGUACUCGGUCAGGCUCAAGCGAUGGAUGCGUGCGAUGCAUAUUGACGCAUUCUUCGAAUACCUCAUUGGCAACCAGCAUCCCUACUAUAUCCAAAUACCGCCUUUGCACGACCCCUUUCCCGACGGAGGCCGUGAUGGCGUCCCACUCGAAGAAGAUCUCGCCAUUCGUGCACUGGACCCGAAAUUCAAGCCCAAGCGAGGGCGACGAAAGGUAGAAGACGGGGAAGACGACAUGGACUAUGACGAAGGCUCUGCCCCUGUCCGGAAGCGACCUCUGCUUGACACAUCGGUACCGUUUGGCAACGCUCUGCAACCGCAAUCAGCAUAUCCGACUACUGCACAUCCAGAUCACCAUCUGGGAGGCUUUCUGACACCACAGGAUCCGUGGACUGCCGUCUCAGCAGUCACUCCGUCUUCUGCCUUGACUGCCGCUUCAGCACCCGGACGUCUAGGUCAGAAGAGUCUCACGCCAUACUCGGCUUCGCCCAUGUCUGGCCAACAACUACGCUGGCGCCUCAAUACAACAGACACUCCGCAAACACCGCACCCCCUGUCGGCAGUGACCCCCCAAUCCGCCUAUCCGUUCUUUGAUGAACCCCAAUCGGCCGUCACACCCUCGAGUGCCAAACCGCGGGCCAGGCGACGGCAUGGGCCUGCCGUGUCAUCAGCCUGGUCUACCAACAAUGGCUCGUCCACUGGCAAACUUCGAGGUCGACCACCAAGCAACCGCUCCAUCCGCGACGGCCCCUUUGUCACCUUCCCCGCCAAUCCCAAAACCCGCGAAGGCCCCCCCAUCGACCGCAACCCCGGUAACCUGACGCCCAUUGUCGAGCCAACGAUUGAGUCUACAAGUCCCGCCCAAUGUCGGAAAUCCCGUCGUCCGCCUCGUCACACCAACUGUCCUUGUCAAUGGCGAGGAAAACGAAUCCCCGGCCUCGAACCUCCGAGCUUCAGGUAG